CUCAUUUGAUUCUAACUACACUACCCAUGAUGCCCUUCCCGUCCCGUUGCCAGGAUACGUAACAUUCCACAAAGGCCAUUUUGACGCCGAAAAGCGAGUUUGGCUUGAACUCAGACGUCAACUGACCCGCCGGACUCCGAUGGAGCGGGCUGACCGGGACAGAGGAGGCCGCCUGCUGAAGAACCAGCCGUACGACGAGAGCCUGGAUGUGGCGGACGCCGAGGAGGUACCGAGCGUGUACAGCCCGACUCCGCGCAGCCAGCCCCAGGUGGAGUUCAGGAGGAGCAGCAGGAGGGUUCACAGCCUGAUGUCGGCCCACAGCAGCAGCGACGAGUUUGACGAGGACCACGGGAGGGGGAAGGAGCCGGCAGGGGGGCGGCCAGAAGAGGAAGAAGAGGAUGAUGACGAAGAAGAUGAUGACGACGACGACGACGACUCCGAAGAUGACGAGUCGGAGGAGGACAGCAAGCUCCACAAGGCGCCGGAGGGCCUGUAUGAUCCCGCCGACUACGCCAGCCUGCCUGUCAGCACCGACAUCAAAGAGCUGUUCCAGUACAUCACACGAUACACCCCCGAGUCUGUUGAGCUGGAGCACAACCUGAAGCCAUUUAUCCCGGACUUCAUCCCCGCGGUGGGAGACAUUGACGCCUUCCUCAAGGUGCCGAGGCCCGAUGACAAACCGGACAACCUGGGGCUGCUGGUUCUGGAUGAGCCCAGCGUGAAGCAGUCGGACCCGACGGUGCUGUCGCUGUUUCUGUCGGAGGAGACCAAGCAGCACGGCGCCACCGAGGUGAAGAAGGUGACGAGCAUUGCCAACCCUCAGAGCAACCUGCGGGCAGUGGACAGCUGGGUGGAGAGCAUCAGCGCGCUGCACCGCUCCAAGCCGCCAGCGAGCGUCCAGUACAGCCGACCGAUGCCUGACAUCGACAGCUUGAUGCAGGAGUGGCCAACCGAGCUGGAGGAGCUGCUGGACCGCCUGCAGCUGCCGUCCGCCCGCCUGAACUGUGACCUGCCGCAGUAUGCGGACAUCGUGUGUGGCCUGCUCGACAUCCCCGUUUAUGGCAGCCACGUCCAGUCCCUGCACCUGCUCUUCAGCCUCUACCUGGAGUUCAGAGACUCGCAGCACUUCACACGCAGAGCUUAGUGGCUGGAAGUACGACAUCCAGAGGGUCACAAAAGUCUGUUCAGGAACUGAAAACUAACCCCAGAUGUGCCAGAUGUUCGACUCUUUUGUGCUGAGAACCUGUUGCUCUGCUUUUGUUUAUUUCCUCAAUUUGUUUUCUGUUUGUCCACUGAAAUAAAAGCCAUGUUCAAGCUCUUUGUAAAAACACAGCUUUCGAGCUUCAUCUAACCUAAGCUUACUUUCACUGUGAACCUGUGCCACCUGCAGCAGCCUGAAUACUUCAGGAACCAGAUGAAGGUCCUUGAUAAACACUGUAAUAAACCAGCUGCUCAGAACAAGGUCACUGUCUGAACAUCUGUAAAGUCCUGAGCCUGCAAAAACCGUCUAUGUUACUCAAAGAUGCCCAUAUAUAUUAUAUGUAGAAUAGAAUAGAAUAGAAUAGAAUAAUCCUUUAAUUGUCCCACAAGGGGAAAUUUGGUUGUAACAGCAGCCAAAAAGACACAUAUACAAACAAACAGGACACAGAACAGAAACAUACACAAUUUUUCUUAAAUAUUUACAUAUGUAACUAAUAAAGUAAACUCUGUGAGUGUAACCCAGUCAUAGAUUACAUAUUGUUAUAAUUACACAAACUGUGUUCUUUAUACCUGACUGUGAGGACCUUCAAGCCUGUAGUUAUAUUCAUUAUCGGUUAGAGCCCCUUCUCAUUGUUCUUCUUCGUUGGUGCAACCCUAUAAAUACAGUGUACCCCUUUGGUCUCUCCCGUUUUCUACAAUUCCCCCGUGGGAGAGGUGGCUGUCAUUUCUUUCCAGACCGUGUACAACACACAUAUAAUUCAUAUUUAGGCACCCUGAUGUUUCUGAUAGUGAUUUUAGUUCAAUUAUUGUCAUCA